GGACAAACCCGAAACCUGUUCGGUUCCCAUUACCAACUGGGUCCGCGUCGUGCUUCCGCGCCGCCUCGACCGAUGCUUCGACGACGGAUGCCCCGCGCUUCCUUGGCUAUGUUGCUGUGUAUUGUCGCGUGUGUUCUUCACGUGACCGAAGCUGCCGGGCCAGGGAAGGACUGCGCCAAGACCGUUUGCACAAACAAAACCAGGUGGGGCGGCUUCGUCAAGGACACCAACGGCGCCAAGAACUGCCCAUGCAGCGAUGGACCGACGUGCGACUGUUUCCAAGGCGAACCAAAUUUCUUUCUGUGCUUGUCGUUGGCAGGGGACUACUUGGUGGGGAACCCCGCGGUUGGCGACAAGUGUGGCGAUCAGCAGUACGACUGCCGUGAGUCUCCAUCCUUUACGUUGCAACGAUUGUUUCACCAACUUGCCUUCUGAUGCACAGGCAACUGCCCCACCACACCCAGUAUCGCGCCCACGACAACUCCCUUGUUUUCAUCAAUCACUGCGACUCCAGGCGGCAAACCAAGUCCCAGCAGUUCGUCUCCAAAUAACUUGGUACCCGGGGCAACUACGACUAACCCAGCGGCUAUACCCAUGGACACGACCCUUGCAAUGUGGCAAGUUGCCCUUGCCAUCGCGUCCGGCGUCCUCAUGCUCGUCGUGCUCGUGUGUGUCCUUGUAUCGUGGCGGAAAGCAUGCACUGCGUCGCGGGCCACCGACAAGCAUGCCCAUGAAGAUGCUCGCUUCUACAGGGACAACUAUCGAUCUCAGACGUUCCAGCAGUCGCAUCCGCCGCAGACUGCCGCGUCGCAUCGCCGGUCGUCCUUGGCGCAAUCCAUGUUGAUUGACCAGACGCCGACACAGCAGCCGCGUGCACCGCCGCCGCCCGUGGUGUCGUUUUAAGUUUUGUACUGCACACCACGAAUUCUUUUAUUUCCGACGCGAGCGGUCUUUUAUGUAAGAGUUUGUUCUUUAAUGUGUUGUUUUCUUCCGUUCAGUCAAACAGGGGGUGGGUUUUAAUUGCGACCACGUUUUUAAACUCGUUCUUUUAUUCUCCCAUGGUUACUUGGCCGCCUUCAAUGCUUUCUUCAAGCGCACCUUUUCCGCGACAAUGUCGGCCAGGACUUGCUCGUACAGCGUCGGGUCGACCGCUUCCUUCUUCUCCUUGAAUUGGACCUCGACUUCGCGGAGGGUGUCCAGGCGCUCCUGCAUCUCCUCCACGGACGUUGCUGCCGACGGGGCAUCUGCUUGCAAGGCGCCGGCAGGGAUUUCCGCGUCCCCUUGGCCUUCUUGGCCGUCCGCGUAGCGGCCGCAGUUCUUGAUGCGGAUGUCGGCAGAUGGCCGGCCGUGGGGUGAAGAUCCAUACGACGAAACCUUCUCGACAACGUCCAUCCCUUCAAUCACUUUGCCAAACACAACGUGCUUGCCGUC